AAAUGCAUUAAAUUUUUAUCUGUUUUGUAGGAAGAGAAGGAGAAAAAAAAGCAAGAACAAUUAAAUAGAAAAGCUGCUCUUAAAGCAGCCUAUGAGGAAGAAAUGAGUUCAUUAAAAAGUAGUAAGCCAUUAUCACAAAGUAAAGUUACACAUGCUGAUACAGCAGCAAUUAGAAAAGUUAAAAGCUGAGGAGACUGCUGAAAAGGAACUUUUGCAUGAUGAAAAACCAUUAGAGGAAAAUGUUAAUAGGCUCAGGUUUGAAGGAGAAGAAGCUCGUAAUAUUGAAGAGGCAAUUUCAAUUCUUAGCAUAAAAAGCCCAAACGUUGAUCAACAUCCUGAACGGAGAAUGAAGGCGGCAUUUCAAGCCUAUGAAAGUGUCAACUUACCUAGACUUAAAGCAGAAAAUCCAAAUUUGAGGUUAUCUCAGUUAAAGCAAAUGUUAAAAAAAGAUUGGAUGAAAUCCCCAGAAAAUCCCUUUAAUCAACAAACAGCUCCUUAUAAUUCAAAAUCAUGAAGCAUAUAAUUAAAUAGUUUUCAAUUGAGUUUAAAUCAGAAAUUAUAAUGUAACAUCAUUUAUUAAAUUUAAAUUUUUUUGUGGAUUUCAGAAUCAUAUUUACUAAAAUAUUUUAAAAAUUUUCUCAAAAGAAUUAUUUUAUUAAAACUAAAAUUUAUAACAACUACAUAAGAAGUAAAAUAAUUUACAAGUUCAGUGGUGUUUUCUUUACAUAACAUAUUAAAGCAAUAAAAAGUAACAUAU